AUGUGUGAGUUCUGUGCCAGGAAUCAUGAGAUUCCUGUCCUGAGUGAGGGACUCUGGCUGUUUCAGGGGCCGGUGACCUUCGAGGAGGUGGCUGUGUAUUUCACCAAGGAGGAGUGGGCUCUGCUGGACCCCAGUCAGAGAUCCCUCUACAGGGACAUCAUGCAGGAGAAUUAUGAGACUGUGACAUCUCUGGGUUUUCCCAUUGCCAAACCGGAUGUGAUCUUCCAGCUGGAACAGGGGGAAGAGCCGGAGGAGGAGAAUUCUCAGCAGGACGGUCUCGAGCAAGUGGAACUGUAUGGGAUGCAAUCAGGAAUUGCUGAAGGGAACAGUCCCUGCUCAGGACUCCAGGAAGCAACCAGCAAGAGUCAGCUCAGGCCAGAGAGGCAGCUAAGAAACCACUGCAGGAAGACGCAGGGUAAAUCCACUCACCGUGGAGUUUUGAAAGAUCUUCCCAAAGACAUGAUCCAACCAGGAAUCUGCACUAAAGAAAAAACGUAUGAUUGUGCUGAGUGUGGGAAAAGCUUCAGUUGGAGAUCACAUCUUAUUGUACAUCAGAGAAACCACAGAGGGGAGAAACCCUAUAAUUGCCCCGAGUGUGGGAAAAGCUUCAGUCGGAGCUCUACCCUGAUCAUACAUCAGAGAGUCCACACGGGAGAGAAACCCUACAAGUGUCACGACUGUGGGAAGAGCUUCAAGCGCAGCUCAGAACUUCUUUCACAUCGACGAACCCACACGGGAGAGAAACCCCAUAACUGCCCUGACUGCAGGAAAACCUUCAGUGAUGGCUCAAACCUCAUUAAGCAUCAGAGAAUCCACACGGGACAGAAACUCUAUAACUGCCCUGAGUGCUGGAAGAGCUUCAGUCGGCGCUCACACCUUAUCACUCAUCAGAGAAUCCACACGGGAGAGCGGCCCUUCUACUGCCCUGAGUGCGGGAAGGGGUUCCGUCGGAAGGCUCAUGUCAUUACACACCAGAAAACCCACACUGGAGAGAGACCCUUUAGCUGUCCUGAGUGCGGGAAAAGCUUCAUUCAGAGCUCAGACCUCACUAUACAUAAAAGAAUCCACACCGGAGAGACACCUUAUCAAUGUUCCGUCUGUGGGAAAAGUUUCAAGCAGAGCUCAGAACUUAUUUCACAUCAGAGAAUCCACACAGGCGAGAGACCUUAUAACUGCCCCGACUGCAAGAAAAGCUUCAGUAAUAGCUCUGACCUUAUUGUGCAUCGGAGAAUCCACACAGGAGAGAAGCCCUAUAAAUGCGGGAAAAGCUUCAGUCACAGUUCGGCCUUUAUUAGACACAGGAGAAUCCACACCGGCCUGAGGCCCUAUAACUGCCCCGAGUGCAGGAAAAGUUUUGCUCAGAAAUGGCACCUUAUUAGACACCAGAGAAUGCACAAUGGAGAGACACCCUAUAAAUGUUCUGUCUGUGGGAAAAGCUACAAGGCAAAGGUCUCCCUCAUGUCCCACCAGAAACUCCACGCAGGAUAG